ACAUUAAUAACAAAAUAAUUUCAACAAAACGUUUAAUGAUUAAUCAUGUAGUUGAGAUAUGUUUUGUUUAAAUCGACUAAAUAGUAUAUAUUAGUUGAAUAUUAUUUUCAAGCAGACAGCCUGUGUUUCUUGGAAAGUUUACAGAUGUCGUUGAUGUCACUUGCGCAGUGGCUGUCAAAUUAUAGAAUAUUGAAGACAUUUCUCUCAUAAAAUCACUCGUUUUUUAUGCGAAGAAUUAGAAGAUUGUUUUUCAAAAAUUUCAUCACACUUUAUGUCAUACGUAUUUUAUUAGGGUUAUUUAAUUAAUGAUUUGUGAUAAGAUACCAUACAUAACCUAUUAAAUUGUAUGUUUCAUCUUUUUAUUUCACAUUUCAAAUCAUGCAGUAAAUGUAAAUAUAGCUUCUUUUAGAUACAGAUGAAAUGUUAACUAUCGUGACAGUAAUACUGAAAGGUAAUUGGAAAACAAGAGAAUGAGAGUGGUAGCGUUGAUAAGUGGCGGAAAAGACAGCUGCUACAACAUGCUGCAGUGUGUGGCAGCUGGGCAUGACAUCGUGGCCCUAGCUAACUUACGCCCAGUAGACAAAGAUGAAUUAGACAGCUUCAUGUAUCAAACUGUUGGUCAUCAGGGCGUGGAACUUUACGCAGAGGCAUUGGGAAUACCGUUGUUUCGACAGUCGACGCAGGGAGUGGCAAUACUCCAGGACAAAAGUUACACCCCCACACCGAAGGAUGAGGUGGAAGAUUUGUACCAGCUGCUGAAGAACGUUAAAGAAGAAUUGAAUGUGGAUGGUGUCGCUGUCGGAGCAAUUUUGUCAGAUUACCAGCGCAUUAGAGUGGAAAAUGUGUGCGCUCGCCUGGGGCUGGUGGCGCUGGCCUACCUGUGGCGGCGCGACCAGGCCGAGCUGCUGCAGGAGAUGAUCGACUGCGGCGUGGUGGCCAUCGUGGUGAAGGUGGCGGCCCUGGGCCUCGAGCCGGGCCGGCACCUGGGCCUCGGCCUGGCCGACCUGCGGCCCCACAUCCUGCUCAUGAAAGAAAAAUACGGAUUAAAUGUUUGUGGUGAAGGUGGAGAAUACGAGACAUUUACUUUGGACUGUCCAUUGUUCUUGAAAAAAAUUGUCAUAGAUGAAGUUGAAACUGUUAUCCACUCCAAUGAUGCAAUUGCUCCUGUUGGUUACUUAAAUUUCAAGAAAAUGCAUCUUGUUUGUAAAAAUGGCGUGGCCAGCCCCAUGUCGGCCCGCAUCGAGGGCGUGCCGGUGAGGACGUGGCAGGACCUGACCAGCGACCUGCGGGAGCAGGAGGAGGAGGAGGCAUCCCGGGAGCCCGCGGAGGAGCGGGACUGCCCGUGCGGGCGGGAGGAGCCCCGGCGAGGGACCGCCCUGCCGGGGGGCCCCGCGGCCCGGCACAACGCCUCGGGCUGGAGCUGGCUGGCCGGCGUGGUGGGCGAGGGCCCAGACUGCGGGGCCGCCACGAGGGACGCCCUGCACAAGCUGCACUUGCUGUGCGCGAGGGAGGGCCUGGCGCCCCGCCGGCUGGUGGCCGUCGCGCUCUACGUGUCCGACCUGGCCCAGUGGCCGGCCAUCAACGCGGAGUACGCCGGGGCGCUGGGCGGGCCCGAGCCCCCGGCGCGGGUGUGCGCGGAGCUGCCCCUGCCCGCCCGCACGCCCGUCGCGCUGGACGCGCUGUCCUUCGCUCCGCCGUGCCAGGCGGGGGAGGGGGAGGAGGGCGCCGUGGCGUGCGAGCGCCGCGCCAUGCACGUGCAGGGCGUCUCGCACUGGGCCCCGGCCAGCAUCGGCCCCUACAGCCAGGCCGUACAGGUGGGGGACAUCAUCUACGUGGCGGGCCAGAUCGCGCUGGUGCCGGGGACCAUGUGUCUCGUGGAGGGGGGAGUGAAGGAGCAGUGCCGCCUGGCCUUGCGACACAUCGGGCGCAUCGUCUCCGCCAUGGACCCCAGCACCCAGCUGCGAGACGUCGUGCACGGGAUCUGCUACGUGACGCUGUGCGGCGACGUCGCGGCGGCGCGCAGGGAGUGGGAGCGGCAGACCAACAACGCCAUUGUGGACUACGUGGUGGUGUCGAAGCUGCCGCGCGACGCGCUGGUCGAGUGGCACGUGUGGGCACACCGCCACAACAGCACCUUCGACUAUGAAGAGACGGGAUGUUGCAUCGACGACUAUCGAGUGUCGAUCAGGAGGCGCUGGAACUACGAGCAUACCGUCUCAGCUGUUGUGUGCCAUGUCUCCACAGGCAGCGGGCCGGAGGGGGGCGCCGGCAUGACGGACGACCAGCUGUCCCAGGUGCUCUGCUAUGCCCUGGGCAAGCUGCUGCGCAAGGCGCCGCCCGCCACCGCCUGCCACCUGCGCGUGUUCUGCCGCGCCGGGGCGGCCGUGGGGCCCGAGCGCGUGCACGCCGUGCUGGCCCGGGCCGAGGGCUUCAACAUCGCGCACACGGUGCUGCCGGUGCGGUGCCUGCCCCGCCCGCGCGCCUUCCUGUCCGUGUGCGGCGUGCGGCACGAGUGAGCUGGCCGCCGGAACUGACUGUCCUCCUUGGUGCUAAUUAAAUGUUCGUGCAAACUAAAAA